AUGGGAAAUGAGAGGGCUAAAUACUACGACUCUACAAUUUAUCCCAAGCCAAGAAGCUAUCCUUACGUGCUAGAGGCACUUGAAACACAGGCCAACAUGAAGCUCACCAAGGAAUACUCCAAAGAUGUCAAACAAUGGCUAUCGGUGUUGGAGGCUCAGCUGAGAGUCAACCCACAAAUGAUUGAUAUACAGCCCGAAGUUCAGUGGUAUAUGAGACCAUACCUUUUAGACUUCCUAAUCGAGCUCCAUUCUUCAUUCCGCUUGCAGCCGUCUACUUUAUUUCUCUGCGUUAACAUCAUAGACCGGUACUGUGCCAAACGGAUUGUUUUUAAGCGUCAUUAUCAGCUAGUUGGCUGCACUGCUCUUUGGAUUGCUGGCAAAUAUGAAGACAAAAAACUGAGAGUACCGACAUUGAGAGAAUUGGCUAUUAUGUGUCGUCAGGCUUAUGACGAGGAAAUGUUUGUUCAAAUGGAAAUGCACAUUCUCUCCACACUCGAAUGGCUGUUGAGUCACCCGCUGCUUGAGGAUUGUCUUCGACUAGCUAUUUCUGAAGCAGGUGUCUCGCUGAAUGUCACACCGUGCAAAUACAACCGCCCAACGAACUGUCAAAAUGAUGCCAUGGCUCUGAAAGUCUCAGCGGUAACAGCCGUUGGAAGAUUUUUUUGCGAGCUUUCUUUGUACGACAGAUUCUUCUUGACGAUGCCAUCCUCGUUAGUUGCAGUCUCGGCCAACUUAUUAGCAUGUUCAAUGUUGGGUAUUCCGACUGCUGCGUCUUACUUGAGUAAUCUUGUUGAUAAUAUACGCAAAGAAAACAGCAGCUUGCGGGGUUUUCUGGCUGGUCCAGAUGACGAGAACGAGGUCCCGAGCGUAUAUGGCCCAUUCCUACUGGGGUUCGAUGCACAUGCAUUGAAUAUGAUCCGAAGAAUAGCCAUUGUGAUGAUGAUGCACACAGUAGAUCUCUCUGAGGUCAUACAACGAAAAUUUGAGGAGUUGGGUGUCAUUCCAGUGAUUCACAACUUUUCUAAUCGGCAUACUAUUACUAUGCAGAUUAUAAACGAACAAGGGCAAUCGGUAUUAUCUGACAGCACAUUAAAUCCAGCUUCGCACUCUAAACCAGACGCUAUGCCAUCAACCCCUCCUCUGGCCUCUCAGUCACUGAUUUUCUCACAUCAGGAUUCUUCCGCAUACCCUACUCCAAUUAUCCGAACUAAUUCUGCUGCAUUUGCUGCUUAUUCCCCGAUUCCUGACAACGAUCUGAGCUGGAAUCUGCCAAUCGCGUCAAAAUUGAGAGUGUGA